AUGAACCGUAUUUUUGGCACCAAAUCAGCCGCCCCAAAACCUACUCUGAACGAGGCUAUAGGCGGUCUUGAGGAGCGUAUUUCUUCUCUGGAUGUUCGGCUAGCCAAGCUCAAUGGUGAAUUGACGAGCUAUCAGCAAAAAAUGGCCAACAUGCGGGACGGGCCUGGAAAGAACGCCAUCAAACAACGAGCGCUCAAAGUGCUCAAGCAACGCAAACAAAUUGAGGUGCAAAGAGAUCAAUUACAAGCUCAGAGCUGGAAUAUGGAACAGGCCUCUAUGACCAGCGAGAAUCUACGCAAUACAAUGGCCACGCUCGACGCUAUGAAGACAGCAAACAAAGAACUCAAAAAGCAGUACGGAAAGGUCAAUGUAGACAAAAUUGAGGAGCUCCAGGACGAAAUGGCUGAUCUUAUGGAUAUGGCGGACGAACUACAGGAUACAAUGAGUCGUAAUUAUAGUGUGGCCGAUGAAGUUGACGAAGCCGAGCUCGAUGCCGAGCUCGAGGCGUUGGGCGAGGAAUUGGAGUUUGAACAAGCUGAGCCGUCUUAUUUACAAGAAGAGAUGCCCACCUUUGUGGACGAACAGCAAGAGCCUGCGGUUGCCAAUGCUGCCCAGUGA